AUGGAAGUAAGAACGGCUUCACCACCAUUUGACUCCUCGUUGGCCGAUGUUAUUCUGCGUUCCGCCGAUGGUGUUCAUUUCCACGUCGUCAAGGCGAUCCUGAGGCUCGCUUCUCCCAUAUUCAACGAUAUGUUCACCUUACCCCAGCGUAUUCCUGACGCUGAUGAUGUAGAGCUGAGCAACGCAGAUCCCACUAAAGUACCACAGGAAUCGACCUUCCAAAACCCUCAAAUCCCCAUCGUAGACAUGGCCGAAACCUCAUAUGUUCUAGAUCGGCUUCUGCGCUACUGCUAUCCCACUGUAUGCCCCCGAGUCACGGAUUUACAGGCCUACUGCGAGACCUUUGCGGUGGCUCGCAAAUUCGAGAUGGAGUUUGCGUGCCAGAUGCUUACGAGGGAUUUCCCUGGACUCGAUAAGGCGAUAUCUGAUGGUCCGAUGAAGGCUUACACGUUGGCGUGCAAGUAUCGGCUGGGAGACGUCGCUAGUCUGGCGGCGAAGGAAGCGUUGAGGAAGUCAUUGGACGAUCUUCUAGCAGAAGACGUAGACAUCGAUGACAUGUCCACUCAGGAGUACGAUGCCAUCCUUCAGUAUCAUAGGAAAUGCCGCAUUAUGUGCAGGGAUCUCGUGUCGCAGGACGACUUCCGUUGGUUGCAGAACGGAGGCGCUUACGGGCUCUCUAUCUGCCAAUGCGAGACCUCAUCUCGUUCAUUCCGCGUCAGAUUUGGGGCUACCCUUGCUUCCGUCACGGCCCUCCCCAGCACUAUCACGCCACCGCACAUAUCUGCAGCGGCGGCCAGCUUCAAUCUACGACGUCCUAAGUGGUGGUUUGACCAUAUAGACAAGAUCGCGGACGUUUUCAAGCACAAAAGCCCACUAGCCCCGGAGAUAUUCGAUGUAUCUCCUACGCUAAAGAUAAUUGAGAGCUCUAGAUGUCCCCAUUGUCAGAAGACGGGUCCAGAGGAGCUGCGUACCUUCACUGCGGAUCUACAGAGGGAAAUCAACGACAUUGCUACGAAAGGCAUACCAUUGAACAUCGCCUUCUGA